AUGGAGAUUACUGGGAAGCAGUCUAUUGGUGGUCCGUCAACAAAACUGGGAUUCGACAAAUCCAAAGUGACCUGUUUCAGAUGUAAACAAAAGGGUCAUUUCAAAAGAGAAUGCAAAAAUUCUGAAGUUGACGAAACUGAGAAACCUUUCAAUGAUGAUUAUUACCGAAAGGCGAUUUACCAUCAUAGCAAAGAAGAGCCGAAAAUGAUCGAAAAUAAUCCCAAAGAGAAGUCAAGAGCAUGUGCUGUAAUCCAUGAUGAUGAAGGAAUGGAGAUAAUGCAGGAAGAGUAUGAAAAUGCUGUAAGAAAUAAAAGAUGGGACAAGAAGCGAGAAUGUUAUGUCAACAGAGAUGGUGAACCUGUUGUACACAGGAGGGACAUAGUUCAUGAUGAUGUUCUUUUAGUAAUUCCUCGAUCCGGCGAAUACUAUUCAAAUGUUGAAAAAGAUAAAACAUAUGUGAAAAGGCUGGAUAAAAUCAUAGGAGAUGCCAUGACAUCAAGUCUGAGGAAGAGGGAUGAAGAGAGAAUGAAGAAGAAUGUUGAUGAGAUGGUGAACGAUUUGAAGAAAGUUGCUGAAGAAGUUAAAGUCGAAGUUGUGAAAGUUGAGGAUGUGAAGAUAGAAGAGGAAGAUAAGGUGAUAAAAGAAGUUGUUGAAGAAAAAGCUGCUACUGAAGAACAUGAUGCUGGUGAUGAGAAAAAGAAAGAUGAUGAUCAAACACAGACAGAUGCAGAAGAGAACACCGAAGUGCUAAUCACUGAGAGCUUGUACUGA